CUUGUUUUAAAUCUUCAUGAACACUUUAGACAUUUACACGAUUCGAAUACCUACCCGAUUGCAAGUUCUCAGCCUCGAGUCAAUCCCAGCCUCGCCUCGGCAUCAAACCAUCAUCAACCUCAUUUCUCUCAACACGCCCUGCAAUGGCAGCACCAUCUACCAUACUUCGCCGCCUACGGCCCAUCUCCGCCCGUGGUAACCUCCUCGCAAGAACAUACCAUUCCUACGACCACCCUCCACCACCAGGUCCAUUCUCGACCACCGAAUCAACCAUCCUCUCUGCCUCACUCCCACACAUCCCGUCCCACGGCUUCACACUCACAUCACUCUCUCUCGGCGCGAAAGACGCUGGCUAUAUCGAUGCCUCCACGAAUUUAUUUCCGCAAGGACCAUUCGCUCUGGUACAUUACCAUCUACUGACACAGCGAUUGGGGCUCGCCCAGAAGAAAGAGGUUCUAGAAGCAGACGAAGGGAUUGGGGCAAAAGUCAAGAAACUGACGUGGGAAAGAUUGAUGGGGAACAAGGAGAUUGUGCACAGAUGGCAGGAGGCGUUGGCACUUAUGGCACAACCAUCGAAUGUCCCAACUUCACUCAAGGAAUUGGCGGCUCAAUCUGAUGAGAUAUGGUUUUUAUCAGGCGAUAUAUCAGUUGACACGAGUUGGUACACGAAGAGGGCUUCGUUGUCGACUAUAUACGCUGCUACGGAACUUUUCAUGACGACAGACAAAUCGCCUGAUUAUAUCGAUACAAGAGAAUUCCUUGACAGAAGAUUCAAAGAUGUGCAAUUUGUCGGCGGUGUUGUUGGUAGUGUGAGCCAGUGGGUCGGGUUUACGGCUUCGGCUGGGUUGAACGUGUUAAGGAGUAAAGGUGUACGAGUUUGAAGAAGGAAGCUGCAAUGGCAAGUGUAUUUUACAACCAUAAUCUAACAUGUACACACCAUGUGCUUUUCAGCCC